UACAUGUAACUAAGCAACAAAAAAUAAUGAUCAGCUAAAGCCAGUGACUUAACAACACAAAACUGAAUUAUCUUGGCAGGUUUUGGAUAAAAUUGUAUUUUUUAUUGUCUUUUUUGACUCUGUCGAUAUCACCGAAGAGGACAGGACCAGAGUAAGUUCCGCAUCCGCUCCCUGUGUUAGCAGGUGACCCUCUGGUCCAGCACUUUCUGACACAUUUAGCAGUUCGUGUUGUUCGGCCUGCUCUACUUUCUGCCAACUUCUAGGUUGUGCUCCAGGCAGGAAAAUGUCCGCGGGAGAAGCGCAGAAGAAAAUAACAACAGGAGUUGUGUCUCCACUGAAAGGGAAGUCUGAGGCAGUUUCUGCUCAGACCAAGUGAAGUGUCCAUGGCACGUGUUCUUUCCUUGUUCCGACCUCAGCCUUUUCUGGCCCUUGUGGGCAGGAGGAAACCUACAUUGUGCAAAAUGUCAAUGGACUCACGGGCACGCGAGGUGUUUGUAGCUGCAGUGGAGGCUGUGCAGCCAGACACUGUGGUGCGGCAGAGUAUAGAGCGCAAGGAGGACUCAGUCAUUAUCAAUGGUCAAAAAUUUACGCUGAAACACAACCUGCACUUGGUUGGCUUUGGAAAAGCUGUACUGGGUAUGGCUGCUGAGGCAGAGAGGAUAGUGGGGGAUCACUUAGUGAAUGGAGUCAUAAGUGUGCCACAUGGGAUUCAGCAGACAUUAAAGCAGCAUGGGAAAGAUCAUCUGUUGUUAAAAGAAAACAGUCACAUCAAAGUAAUGGAGGGAGCCAAACACAACUUGCCUGACUCUGAUGCCCAGAAGGCAGCUGAAGGAAUCAGACAGUUAGCCAGUGAACUGACAGAGAAAGACUUGCUACUUGUACUGAUUUCAGGUGGAGGCUCUGCGCUUUUACCUGCACCCAUCCCACCAAUUUCGUUGCAAGAGAAACUGGAUGUUACCCGCAAACUUGCAGCUGCUGGUGCCACUAUUCAAGAGCUGAACACUGUACGUCGUGCCCUUUCUUUCUUAAAGGGUGGAGGGCUUGCACAUUAUGCUCACCCUGCACAGGUGGUUGCACUGAUACUGUCUGAUGUGAUUGGAGAUCCUCUGGACUUGAUAGCCAGUGGCCCCACAGUCCGAAGUGAGGUGUGGCCUGAGGAAGUUUUGUCAAUCCUUGAACAGUACAAGCUGUUGAACUCUCUACCAGCUUCAGUGAAAGAUGUCCUUGGGAGACCAAGUCCCCGGUGGAAAGAGAAUAAGGAUGAAAUAGAAAAGGCAGAAAAUGUUCUUAAUGCUGUUAUUGGCUCCAACAGCGUUGCCCUCAAGUGCGCAGGUCGCCGGGCCCGAGAGCUAGGUUUCCGCCCUGUUGUUCUGUCACCAGGAGUGUGUGGCGAUGUAAGGUCAGUCUCCAGACUUUACGGCCUCCUGGCCCGCUUUGCGUGUUCUCGAGAGGAACCUCCUCCUGAGAUUGCUGCUGAGGUGCUGAGGCUAGGGCCUGAAGUAGGUGUGGAGAGCUGGGACCUGUGCCGCACCAUGCAGGUCUUAGAUGAAGGGCGUACGGAAGGAUGGGGUGCCACGUGUCUGUUAGCUGGAGGUGAGCCCACUGUGCAAUUGACAGGAAAGGGUCAAGGUGGUCGGAACCAGGAGCUGGCUUUGCGAGUUGGACUGGAGCUGAGAGGCCUGCAGCUCCCACCUAAUGGUCCUGUCUUCCUGAGUGGUGGAACUGAUGGUCAGGACGGACCCACUGAGGCAGCAGGGGCCAUUACCGAUGGAGGUUUGUAUGAAGAAGCACAAGCACAGGGGCUGGACAUCAACAACUUCCUUACUAACAAUGAUUCUUACUCAUUUUUUUCACAUCUUUCUGCUGGGCAACAUUUACUUGUACCUGGCUUAACCUGCACCAAUGUGAUGGAUGUGCACAUGCUACUUAUUCCACCAAUUCCCAUUAACAUAAGAUAAUUCAAAAUUGGAUCCUGCAUUUAAAAAGUACUCUAUCUGGUUCUCUGACUUGGCAUGGUAUGAGGUUUUUCAACUCAACAUUUUUUGCCCAUGUUGGGAAAACUCUGCAUAGACCUACAUGAGAGAAGGACUGGUAUUCCUAUAUGAAAAUCUAACAACCACAAAGAAUAAAAUUGGGAUGUAAUUUUUGUUAUCAGCAUUAGAGGUUUUUCAGCAGGGAAAAAACUAAAAACUGGACUUAAUGCAAAUCUUUUUUUUAAUCACAGCAAAUUAUGUUUUACAACACAGCAUAGAAAUGACAGGCAUCAACAACAUCAGUAUUUUCAAGUACAUUACACAAAUGUAACAUCAGUCAAGCUGUUUGCACAACUUGCAAAGUUCAUUAUCUUCCUGCUUUGCUGCUGGUCUCUUCAGGUACGUCAAGGUACCAAUAUAUGCUGAUUAUUUUGUUGUAAUAGUUUAUUUGACAAAUACUAUGUACAUCAUUAAAGAGUUCUAUAAAUACACAAUGCAGUAUAUUGUCUUGUACUACAGACUUGCAGCUACUGCUAUAACAAUAUAACAUGUCGGUUAUUCAACACCUCUGACAUUUUCAUGUUUUAUUACUGUACAUCAAAUCACAGUGGAUGUAACUAUUAUUUUCACACAGAUUAACAUAAAAAACUAAUGUCAAAGUGAAACAAACUUGUACGUACUGUAUACAAAUAUAAAAAUAUAAUAGUUGUGUUCACCCUUCUCAAGCAAAGAGGCACCUUUGCCAACAUUUAUAGCCUUGAGUCUACCCAGAAUGGACAUGUCUGUGUCAGCUUUGCUACCUGGACAUUGCAGUUUUUCCCCCAGUCUUCUUUGCAUAGCUGCUCAAGCACUUUCCAGCAACAUGGGGAUUGGAUGAACAGCAAUUUUCAAUUCCUGCUGCUAAUCCUGGAUUGAGGUGUGGACAUCGAUUAACAGCCAAUCCUGUGUCCGACUGAAAAAUAAAUCUUCUCCCAAGUCACAGUUGUCUUGCACACUGAGGCGGGUUUUUCUCUGUGAGUUUUCAGUAUAUUUCUGCAUUCAUUUGCUCUCUACAUUCACAAGCCACCAGGGCCUGUUGCAGAGAAGCACCCCCACAACAUGUCACCAUGCUUCACGGUAAGGGUGUUGGGUUUCUGGUGAAUUUCAAUACAGUAUAGAGCUUGAGAAGGGUUUUUUUGAGUGGCAAUAAAGCUACAGCUUGUGACGCAUCCAGGAAAAAAAAAAA